AAGCUGCUAGCUAUGCCAUUUCUUGUAUAUAAAUUCUCAUUUGUCAGAAAAGAGAGUGAAAGAAAAAUGGGUUACCAUUACCUUCUCUUUGUUUUUUACUUGUUUUCUUGUGUUUCCUCUGUUUCUUUUGCACAGCCAUUUAAAGCUGCGAGUUUGGGGAACUGGCUUGUCAUAGAAGGCUGGAUGAAACCUUCCCUCUUUGAUGAUAUCCCUAACAAUGAUCUUUUGGAUGGAACCCAAAUGCAAUUCAUGUCCACAAAGCUGCAAAAGUUUCUGUGCUCAGAAAAUGGAGGUGGAAGCAUUCUUGUAGCGAAUCGCACCUCAGCCUUUGGCUGGGAAACUUUCAGAUUGUGGAGGAUUAAUGAGACAUUUUUCAAUUUGAGAGUGUUCAACAAGCAGUUUGUGGGUUUGGAAGGCGAAGGAAACCGAGUAACAGCAGUUUCAAAUACAACAGGAAACCCACAAACAUUUCAGAUUAUUAGGGAUAAUGGUGAUCCUAAUCGAGUUCCCCUCCAAGCACCUAAUGGGCAAUUCCUUCAGGCAGAGUCAGAAACGUUGGUGACUGCAGAUUAUGGAGGAUCUGGUUGGGAAGACAGUAAUCUAUCCAUCUUUAAAAUGAUCAUUCUCACUGACAGGACCAUACGUGGUGAAUACCAAAUUACAAAUGGCUAUGGCCCAGAAAAAGCUCGUCAGGUUUUGCAGGCUCAUUGGAGUUCUUAUAUAACUGAUGAGGACUUUAGAUUCAUGUCUGCAAAUGGUCUUAAUGCUGUGAGAGUUCCAGUUGGAUGGUGGAUAGCUAGUGAUCCCACACCAAAGCCUUUUGUGCAUGGCUCCUUGAAAGUCUUAGACAAUGCUUUUACAUGGGCAGAGAAGUAUGGAAUGAAGGUAAUAGUUGAUUUACAUGCAAUUCAAGCUUCACAAAAUGGCAAUGUGCUCAGCGGAACACGAGAUGGAUAUCAGGAAUGGGGAGAUUCCAACAUUCAGGAUACUGUAGCUGUGAUAGACUUCAUUGCAGCAAGAUAUGCAAAGAAUCCAAGUCUUGCAGCAAUUGAGUUGAUGAAUGAACCUAUGGCCCCAGGCAUCAAUUUAGACACCCUCAAAAAGUAUUAUCAAGCAGGUUAUCAUGCUGUAAGGAAGUACACCCAAAGUGCUUAUAUGAUCCUUUCAAGCAGGCUAGGACCUGCAGAUGCGAAGGAGCUGCUAUCAUAUGCUAGUCCCCUUAAUCGGGUAGUCAUUGAUGUGCAUUACUACAACCUGUUUUCAGAUUCAUUCAAAAGCAUGAAUCCACAACAGAACAUUGAUUACAUCUAUAAUCAGCGGUCUGGUGAUCUCAGUGCUGUGACCACUGCAAAUGGUCCCGAGUUUUGGGAAUGGACUGGGGAAUGGACUGGAGAAUGGGCAUUCAAGGAAGCAACAAAGAAAGAUUAUCAAAAAUUUGCUAAAGCUCAACAGAAAGUUUAUAGGCGUGCGACUUUUGGAUGGGCAUAUUGGGCUUAUAAGUGUGCAGAGCACAAAUGGAGCCUCCGGUGGAUGAUCGAGAGCAACUAUAUAAAGCUUUAAAUUUCGACCAUGGCUAGUGGAUACUUGUUUACUACUAACAACUGCCUUAAGAAAUUAUUAGGUGCA